UAUUUAUUAUUUAUUGUAUUUUAUUAUUUUGAUACUUUGAUAGUAACUUGUAAUUUUUUUUUAUAUUAAUGUUUUAACCGUAUUUCAAGUUUUCUACACUACGAAAAUCUGUAAAACUUUUAUCUUAUUAAUAAUUAUAAUUCAUAAAAUAGAAAAUGGAAAAUAUGAUGUUCAACAAAGAUCAAGAAAUGGAGUCCUCUAGUUAUAAAGACUUCUCACAAGAAGAUUUGUUUUUAGCUCCAGAACCAAAAAGAUCAAAUGACCAACAUAAUUCUUCUGAUCUAUUUGGAAAAAAAAAGAAGGACAAAAGUAAAAAACAAAUCGAAGCAGAAGAAAGAGAAAAAAUGAGAGUUCUUGUAUCCAACUUCACGGAAGAACAAUUAGAUAGAUAUGAAAUGUUCAGAAGAUCAGUGUUUCCUAAAGCUGCAAUUAAACGGAUCGUUCAAACUAUUACUGGAAAUUCUGUUUCUCAAAAUGUUGUAAUUGCAAUGUCUGGUAUUGCAAAAGUGUUUAUUGGUGAAAUAGUUGAAGAAGCACUUGACAUAAUGGAAGCUCAAGAAGAUUCAGGACCAUUACAUCCCAAACACUUAAGAGAAGCUGUACGGCGGCUAAGAAAAACUGGAGCUAUUCCAUCUUCCAAAGGUAGAAAAUUGCCUUUUUAUAUUUAGAUACCUAAUAUAAAUUUAAACUCCAUGUACAACAAUUGAUAAUAUUUUUUUUAAUUUAGCAACUAAUGUAAAUUAUUGAUUGUAUAUAUCUGACUACAUUUAUAGUAGGUAAUUAUUUAUGAAGCAUAUAAUUGUAUUAACAAAUAAGAAAAAUUUACCUAUUUAUUUAUGACGUUUAUAAAAAAUAUUUCAAACAUCAAAAAAUGUGUAUAAAUAAUAAUUAUAUAUAUAUAAAUUGUUUAUUCUCCAAAUAGACUGUAUGAGUAUAUGACUGUGAAAUAAUAUCAUCAUUUCACUUAGUAUCAUUUAUACAACUUAUAAUUAAAUACAUUUGAAAUGUUAAUAUAUUUUUUUUAUUUGUAAAACUAGUAUUAAAUGUUUAAAUAUAAAUGUUGUUUUCCUGUUUUCCUAGCCACCAUGUUGAUAAUAUUAUUCUAUUAUAACUUCUCAUAGACAAACAGCAUGAGAUAAUUAUUACAUUAACACAUAUAUCUUUAAUCGUGGAGGGAACUCCAUUUAACAUCAUGUAAUAGUGAAUCAGAGUAGGUAUUAUGAUGUAUAAUGAAUGACUAAUGAAUGAUGUGACGGUUAAUGACAGCUGUUUGACCCUUUUUUGUACAGUUAAUUUUUUAAAAGGUAUACAUUAUUAUGUAUGUCCGAAUGGCCGUAUAAAUAAUAAUAUAUUAUCAUUAUUCUGUGCUUACUUUAUUCUUGUUUAAAUAUGUCUAUAUUAUGAAUAGCAGAAUAGACAUUAUAUAGCUUGAAUAUAUGUAUACUGAUUAAUUAUUAAAAA